GGGGAUGGUGCGAGAAUUUCACAGCGGGACGCUGAGACUAAGUGACGGGACAGAGAAACGGGCGGAUAAACCGAGACGGACUGCGCGACAAGUGUGCAGAACCAGUUGCUGUCAUCCAAACCGUGCUAACAGACCCACAUCCACUGAGCGAUGGCCGAUGAAGAACUGGUGAAGAAGAUGCUACGGGCAGUGCUCUUGUCCAGUAAGAGUGGCAUUUCACUGUCCCGUCUGCAGGUAGAGUAUAAAGACCUGACAGGUGAGCUCAUCCCCCAUAAACAGUUGGGGUACGCCACAUUGGAUGCCCUCCUACAGAGCUUGUCCUCGGUCGUGAGACUAGACAAAGAGCAGUCUGGAGUGGUGGUGUGUCACGCUACUGCAGGGAAUGAGAUGGCCCACAUUACCAAGCUUGCGGCCCGUCAGCGCUCCGCGAAGAGGGCCGGCCGACCUCAUGUGGUGAACUGUCAAAUGAGAAUGAAACCCACAGCUCCUCUGGUGCUGAAUGCGAAGCCGAGGACGUCUUUGAGACAGCCUGAGCAUCGUGGACAUCUAGGGCGAGGUGGAGGUCGUGGAGGGGGUCAUGGAGACUCUCGUAUUGGAAAUAUGAAGGACUGCCAGCCUGAUGGGAGAGGCGGCAGACCCCACAGCACACCUCCACAUACACCCUCGAGAAAACCCUUAAUUCCCUCAGAAAGAUCAGACAAAAGGAUGACCCUUCCCUCCAGAUUCCAGAAAGAAGUUCAUGCCCACCUCUCCAGAAACCCACAGCAGAGCAAUGCCCCUUCUAACCUGAUUGAAAGCGCAACUCCAGCAAAAUCCAAACUGCCUCAUUCUGCACCUUACAGUCCCAAACUGGAGCAGUCCCGUCUUAAAGAGGUUCUUAACAAGCACUGCAAUGGCCUCUGGGUAUCUAAGCUGCCACAGCUAUACCGAGAGCUUUAUAAAAAAGAUCUACCCAUUGAAGCCCUGAAGGAUCUCGAAAACUGGACUCACAUCUGUACUAUUGAAAAACCCUGCAGCAGCAAACCACAAGAGUUGCUUCUGUAUCCUGCUAAAGGAAUUAGCCAGAGUCCCACCACAGCCAGCGCUGCUACACCCCCCACACAAGUCACAUCACCAACCCAUCAGAAAAAACCUCAGACUCAAAAACCAUCUCCCAUCUCCCAGCCAAGAUCUCCUGCAACCUCUGAAGCUCUACCUCCAGACCUCAAACAGAGACUUGGAGAGCUAAUCUUAAAAUACAGCAGUGGUCUGUGGGCCCACGCUCUGCCUAAACUCUACCAGGACACGUAUAAAUCCAAGCUUCCGGAGUUUGUGCUGGACAACCUCACUCUGCUUUCAGAUAUAUGUACGAUUGACUACCCUGUACCGGACAACCCCAAAAGAGCGAUUCUGUAUGCUAAAGUGGUGGAGGAUGAGCACCAUAACCAAUCAGGAUCAGCUGACUCACAGACAACAGAAACGGCAGAGAGGCGUUUAAGCAUUCAGACGGUGCCUCCUCUUAUUAUCCCUAGAGAGGAAUAUCCAUCUGUUCUGGUGGUGGAGGCAGCCGACACUAACAGUGUCAUUCUGAGAUAUAUAGGUGAAAAUUAUUCCAAGGCCCAGGAGAAGUUGGAAGAUGAAAUGAGAGAGUUCUAUAGGCAGGACAACACCAAGAUAGUUCUAACCUCACCCUCCCCAGGUCAGCUGACCGCUGUACGUGCUGAAGAAGAGGACGAGAUCCUCAGAGCACAAGUGUGUGAGGUCAUGCCCGACAAAGUCAAGGUUUACUAUGUGGAUCAUGGCUUUUCUGAAGACAUCAGCAGGAGCAAACUACUCGAUUUACAUGAGAAAUUUUUGAGAUUGCCUUUCCAAGCCACCAAAUGUAAACUAGCGGGCCUGGGGUCUUUUAGCCGGGAGCCAGCAGUGCUGAAGAGGUUUGAGUCUGUGGCCAGUGGCAAGAUUCUGUUGGCUGAGAUCUUGGAGCGGGAGGAAGUGCCUUUAGUGGUCCUGUAUGACACAUCACAGGAUGAUGAUAUCAACAUCAAUGCUGCUUGUUUGAAAGCUCUGCAAGACAAAUCAUUAGAGAGCCCGCUAAAGGUCAACAAUUCUUAUAUGCAUGUCAAUGUGACCAGUGUUUGCUCAGAUGGGACGAUUUACUGCCAGGUGCCUUCCAGAGGUCUGGCUAAACUCAAUGAUAUUCUAGAGAAAACCGAAAACUAUUUUCAUUCCCAGGUGACAUCAGAGUCGCUGGUUUCUCGCCCUUUUUGUGGUAAAAGCUGUCUGGCUCGUUAUAAAGGCAAAUGGUCUCGGGUGGAGAUAACAAACCUGCAUGGCAGCCGAGUGCUGGACAUCCUGUUUGUGGAUGUGGGUGUCCAGGCAUCGGUUGAAGUCAUUGAGUUGAGAGAGAUCCCUCCUCCUCUGCUGCGUGACCUCAUCUCCAUCCCACCUCAGGCUCUGAAAUGCUGUUUGGCAGAUCUGUCUAUGAGUGUGGGCUCAUGGACUCCUGAUGCUGUACAGUGGCUGAGGGACACAGUUCUCCACUGCAGUGAAUGUACUAUGAGGAUCUCCAAGGUGGAUAACAAACGCCUUGCUCAUGUUUAUCUCUUCACCAACAAAAACGUCCAGGACACAAGCUGCAGUUUAAACCAACAGCUGGCUGACUCUGAUCUGUGGAACCACCAGAAGGAUGUUUUCUUAAGCAGUCGUGGCCCUUCAAAAUCCUCCCUGACAAUCCCUGUCUCUACCCAGACAGUAGAUAAAGCUCUACACACACCCAGAAGGAGAUCUCCACCUGGCAGCCAGGGCACACCACCAGGCUCUCCGACCAAACAUCUUUCUCUUCCUCCAGCGCUGGUGUUGCCAGAAGUUGGGGAGAAUAUAGAUGUUUUUGUUUCUGUGGCGUGCCACCCUGCUCACUUUGUGCUUCAGCCAUGGCAGGAUAUGUACAAAUUAGUGGUUUUGAUGGGGGAGAUGAUUCUGCAUUAUAAUAAGACAGAGGAGAAACCACUUAAAGUGGAGAAGAAUCAGAUCUGCGCUGCCAAGGUGGACAACAACUGGUACCGUGUUCUGGUGAAAGGAGUUCUGAACAAUGGUAUGGUGUCCGUUUAUCAGCUGGACUAUGGCAAACAUGAGCUGGUGAGAUGCACUCGGCUCAGACCGCUCAUCCAAGAGUUCUGCCAACUCCCCUUUCAGGCCAUCACUGCUCAACUGGCUGGUGUGAAGUCCAGGCAUUGGUCUGAAGAGGCCUCCAUUGUGUUCAGGAAUCAUGUUGAGAAGAAGCCUCUGGUGGCCCAGCUAGAAUCACAGCAGGGGGCAUCACAGCUGUGGGACCGUAAGGUUGUCGUCUACCUGGUGGACACUUCACAAGAGGAAAGAGACAUGUGGCUGCACGACAUUAUGGCUGAAUUUACUGAUGAGUGGACCAAUGCUGCGUAAAACCACGAUUAACUAAUAACAGAGUGCUGAAGGAGUCUUAUAUUUGUGCUUAUUAGUGCCAUCCUGGGAUGCUGCAGAUUUAGGUUUUGUUUUUCCAAAUGUGACUUGAACACAAUUCUGCCUGAUCCAAUGUGAAUCGUAGAGUUUAAAAUAUAUGAUUGAAAUUUGCAGCGCCUUUUAAAGCGGUUUUAAGCUAAGCAGUGUUAAAUGCUCUCUAAACGCUUGGAGAGUUUUGCCUUUGCUUUAACAGAAAAAAGCUGUGAAGAUCCGUAGUAAAUGAAAACAAGAUUUUAUAUGUGUGAGACCUUAAGUUAUUCAAGAACAGAUCAACUAGAUUGUCUGUAUUGUAUUUCGAAAAAGUAUGUUAUGAUGUCAUGCUUCAUGUUAACAGUGUAGCAUUUCCAAAAGCUGCAAGUUUACAACUCUUUAAGAGACGAUGCACAAUGUGCUUUAAUUUGCGCCAGGCUAAAAGUUUGUCAUUUCAGAUAUUGUUUACAUGGACAAGCUUUUUGGAGACUAAAGAUCUAAAGGCAUUAGGAAUAAGACUUCUUCUAUAAACAAAUUAGAAGCUGUCCAAGCUUUAGAUUUAUGUUUGGCAUUAUUUAUUGAUUUUUUUGCCUUAUAGUAUAGUAUGAUUAUGUUUACAAUGUGUCAAUCCUAUGUGUUUACACUAAUUCCAUAGCAAUGGCAUACUGUAGUAAAUGAUUGAGCUGUAACUGAAUAUGACAAUAUAGAUUCAAUUUAAAGACUAGAAAGAGUUACAUUGUUGGCACAAGGAUUGCACUUGGAUUUCACUACAGGUGGUAAAUAUUUUAGAAAUAAAAGGAGAAAAUUG